UUAUUUCUUUGAAUAUGCAAGAUUGAGAUUGUCCAAAUGUUGAAUAUUCCCAUAAGUUCGGUCGACAGGUUAUGCUCUAAGGCAGAGUCAAAAUGAAGAUGGGAAACUUCACUUUGCACCAUCACUUUGCAUUUCUCUUUCUCUUGGCAGCUCCUUUGGUAGCUUUUGCUAUCAGUACUUCUGAUGAUUUCCUGCAAUGCCUCUCUCUUCACUCCGGAAACGCAUCUGCAAUCUCUAAACUCGUUUAUACUCCAGUCAACUCUUCGUACUAUUCUGUCUUGGACAUUACCAUACAGAACCUGCGUUUCUUGACUCCUUCUGCUCCGAAACCUAAUUACAUCGUGACGCCGCUCGACGUCUCCCAUGUCCAAGCCUCCAUCUUCUGCUCCCGACAGUACGGACUCCAAAUGAGGACCCGAAGCGGCGGUCACGACUACGAAGGUCUUUCGUAUUUGUCCGAAGUCCCGUUUGUCAUUCUCGACAUGGCGAAUUUCCGAGCAAUCUCCGUGGAUGCAAAGGACAAAACCGCGUGGGUCCAAUCGGGUGCAACGAUCGGCGAGCUUUACUAUAGGAUCGCCGAGAAGAGCAAAACCCUAGGCUUCCCGGCCGGCCUCUGCCCCACGGUUGGCGUUGGCGGGCACUUCAGUGGCGGAGGCUAUGGUACGCUGCUGCGCAAAUAUGGCCUUGCUGCUGAUAAUGUAAUUGAUGCGCAGUUGGUCGACGCCCAGGGUCGGCUCUUAGAUAGAGAAUCAAUGGGGGAAGAUCUCUUCUGGGCAAUCCGAGGUGGAGGAGGCGGCAGCUUCUGCGUAGUAGUGUCCUGGAAAGUCAAGCUAGUCCCAGUGCCGUCAACCGUCACCGUGUUCAAGAUCCUGAGGACGUUGGAACAAAAUGCGACGAAACUCGUGCACCAGUGGCAACUUGUCACGAGCAAGCUCCCCGACGACAUAUUCAUAUCGCUGACGUUGCAGAGCUACAACUCCAGCCCCGACGGGAUGAUGACGAUGCAAGCCAUUUUCGACACCCUCUACCUCGGCGGGGUCGACUCGCUCCUCAAGGUGACAAGUAGCCGCUUCCCGGAGCUCAACGUCACGAGACUGGACUGCACCGAGAUGAGCUGGAUCGAGUCCGUCCUCAACUUCGCGGGUUUCAGUGGAGAGCCAUUGGAAGUCUUGCUCAACAGGAGCUCCAACACCAAAAUUUUCUUCAAAAAAUCGGAUUAUGUGAAGGAGCCAAUCCCUGAGAGUGGCUUAGAGGGCAUGUGGGAGAGGUUCUUUGAGGAAGAUCAAGGGGUGCAUAUGAUGACUUGGGUCCCCUCUGGCGGGAAAAUGGCAGAAAUUUCUGAAUCUGCCAUUCCCUUCUCUCACAGAGCUGGGGUUUUGUACAAGAUCCUGCACGCCACGGAAUGGACAACCGGAGGCAACGAGGUUGCUCCAAAGCAUGUGAGUUGGAUACGAAGCUUCUACGGUUAUAUGGCGCAGUAUGUGUCGAAAUCGCCUCGAGAGGCCUACAUCAACUCCAGGGAUCUCGACAUAGGAAUGAACAAUGUAAUAGGCGACACAAGUUAUAAGCAAGCCAGCGUUUGGGGAAAGAAAUACUUCAAGAACAAUUUCGACAGGUUGGUGCGUGUGAAGACCGCGAUCGAUCCUGACAACUUUUUCCGGCACGAGCAAAGUAUUCCUCCCUUUUCAUCUUUAAAGAAAAGGAAGAAUAGUCGAGUUUCGAUGUGUUCAUCGCAAUAACAAGAUGAUACUUUGGAGUCAAUGGAACAUUUGACCAUGUCGAUGUUUGAGCUUUGUGCGGGUCAUUUGUUAAAUAAUAUAUAAUUAUUUGAAAUUUUAGUUUUAA